CUGUUUACCCGUUACUUCAAUUCUCACUACGCAGUACAGUUGUGCGCUAACCUUUGCCUCCCCGUUCGACGCUAAAUCAUCAUGAAUAACACUCCGCCCCCUAUGUUAAUUUGUCGACUGCUGAUACUGGCUAACCAAACCGAUCCGCGAAUGCAGUGUGCACCGGACGCUAUACCGAACGACAGCAGUCAGAUUCCUCACUUUGCCUCCCAGGCGCACGAAAGCUGGCUGCAUAUUGGCGAGGCAGUCAACCUCACCGCCGACCGUAUUAAGGAGGAACAGGCCGCUGCCGCCUUCGCCGCCGCGCACACCACCACGCCGGCACCCUGCGAUUCGGAGCCGGGAACCGCGAACGAGUACAUCAUUCUCUGCCCUGCUGCGCGCCGCCGGCUCCAAACCUACCAGUAGUGAGAAGUUGGGAACGC